UACCUAACAAAAGGUCAAAAGGAUGAGUUUUGUUGAGGAAAGAACAUCCGAGGAUGUAGCUUCCAAUAACUCUUGGAGAAAAUGGAGUGCUGGUUCAACUUUAGCAAGCAUGGUCGGAUUAAUUCCUGAAGAUCUACAGAGAAAACAAGAUGAAAAUAUCAUACACGAAAGAGAAGCAGAAGGCAAAGCAGCAGAUAAUAUGUCCAGUAAGAAAGACAAUACAAUGGUAGAUGUCGACGUAAUUCCUGAAGAUGGCCUAGAUGCCAAAACGUUGUUUGGAUGUGGGGAUGGACUAACAUAUGAUGACUUCAUAAUUUUGCCAGGCUACAUAGACUUCACAGCAAAUGAUGUGAGUCUUUCAUCAGCAUUAACAAAGAACAUAAACUUGAAGACACCAUUGGUGAGCUCUCCUAUGGACACAGUUACAGAAUCUGAGAUGGCCAAAACACUAGCACUGCUUGGUGGAAUUGGGAUAAUACACCACAACUGCACAGUGGAAUUUCAGGCAAAUGAAGUCCACAAAGUAAAGAGAUUUGAACAAGGCUUCAUUCUUGAACCAAUUGUGUUGAGUCCAAGUCAUUCUGUCAAAGAUGCUUUGGAAUUAAAAAGGAGGUUUGGGUUCUCAGGUUUUCCUGUCACAGAUAACGGAAAAGUUGGUGGUGAACUUCUUGGAAUGGUAACACAUAGGGAUACUGAUUUUGUCACUCAGGAAGAGCACCAAAACUCGGUUACUGAGGUGAUGACUCCACGAGAAGAACUUGUAGUUGGCCAGGCUGGCAUUCACCUAAGAGAGGCUAAUACAAUAUUGCAAAAGAGCAAGAAGGGUAAACUGCCUAUCAUCAAUGCUGAAGGCAAGUUAGUUUCAUUGAUAUCAAGAACUGAUUUGAAGAAAAACAGAGAAUUUCCUCUGGCUUCCAAAGAUGAUCGUAAACAACUGAGAGUUGGUGCUGCCAUUAGCACACACCCGGAGGAUCGUCAAAGACUAGAAGCUCUCGUUCAAGCAGGAGUCGAUGUUGUUGUGUUGGAUUCAUCUCAAGGCAAUUCUAGCUACCAGAUAGAACGUAUCAAGGAGAUAAAGCAGAAAUAUCCUCAAAUUGAUGUGAUUGGGGGCAAUGUGGUGACGGUUUCGCAAGCCAAGAAUCUGAUAGAUGCUGGCGUUGACGCCCUUCGAAUCGGAAUGGGCAGUGGAUCGAUCUGCAUCACCCAAGAAAUAAUGGCGGUUGGACGACCUCAGGCCACAGCUGUAUACAAGGUCGCAGAGUAUGCAAGGAGACGAGGUGUUCCUUGCAUAGCUGAUGGCGGAAUAAAAAAUGUAGGCCACAUCAUCAAAGGGCUUGCACUUGGAGCGUCCACUGUGAUGAUGGGGUCUUUAUUAGCGGGGACGCAGGAAGCUCCUGGUGAAUAUUUUUAUGCUGAUGGUGUUCGACUGAAAAAGUAUAGAGGCAUGGGGUCUUUGUCUGCUAUGGAAAGCAAGGGCAGUCAGACAAGAUAUUUCAGUGAAAGUGACCGGAUAAAAGUGGCACAAGGUGUUUCUGGAAGUGUACAGGACAAAGGAAGCCUUUAUAGAUUUAUACCGUAUCUGAUUGCCGGAAUACAGCAUGGUUGUCAGGAUAUAGGUGCAUUGUCUUUGUCGGUGCUGAGGUCAUGUAUGUACGAGGGAAAUUUACGGUUUGAGAAAAGGUCACCCUCUGCCCAGGGGGAAGGAUCUGUGCACAGCCUUCAUUCGUAUGAAAAGAGACUGUUUUAGCUAACAUGCUGUCUCAACAUUGGGUAAUCAAUCUAGAGGCUCAUGACGAAAUUGGGUAAAGAUGCGCAAAGAUGCAGAUGAAAGGGUAGUGUUAGAAAUUGAACACUUUUUCCAAUGAAUUAUAUUCCUCAAUAGCUUUAGUCACAUAUAUGAAAAAUAUUAAAAUUAAUACCGAGAUCUAAUUUUUUUAAAUUUUCAUUAAUCGUUUGUUAGAAGCUAGAUUGGUCCUCGUACUAAGGGUGUCACAAGUAUUUUCUCGAAGAGAAGGCCAGCUUUCCCGCUUAGAGGGCUACCCUUUCUACAACAUGACGCGCUUUGCCAACAAGGGGGCUUGUUUCCCCGGCAAAAUUAUUUACAUCCGUUGCUCGUGGAAUUUAACAUGAUACAAUCACAAAACUACGGGCAGGGAGUGGCCCUCUCUGUCCAUUUUGGUGACAUUCCUGACGUCUCCUUUCCUUAUUCGCGCUUUGCUUAGUUAGGCCAACAUUUAAUCAAAGUUUGAAACCAGAGUCCAAAAAACAUGAUCACGUUUAGAUGAUCACAUAUCACCUCCUUGUUUCAUUGGUUCUUGAGGAUAGCUACUAGAUCUUGAGGGUGUUUUUGUAGGGAAACAAUAUACUUUCUGCUGGAAUUUGUUUGAAGCUGGUCUAAAUUAACAUGUUUUAGGAACAACAAAUUGACUACAAUUUUCGCAGUGUUUUAAUUUAAGGGAUUACAGAGGCUUUUUCCAUCAGUGAAAUUUGGCUUAUUUUUAAUGAGCAAUUUAUAAUUCAUUUUAAUUUAGUUAAUUACUACAGAAUAAUUCCAAAUUAAUGUCUAAGUAUUACAAGUUUCUAUUGCAAAUGACACUCAGCUGACAUUUUGCAAAUUAAUAGUAGCGUUUGCAUUUCCCUGUCCAGUCCCAUUGGCUUUCUGUACUUCAAAUAUUUUUUCCUUUCCCAUUUUACCAGGAGAAAAUUCCGCGAAUAACCCCAUAAUUUGCAAAAUAUUUUGUUUACUUAUAUUGUAUAGCAAACUAAAAAAAAUCAACAUUUGCAGACUUGAAUUUUAUGCUCUUUCUCCUUGCGUGGCAGAGAUUCAUCGGCACGUCUCAAGCUCCAAUAUACACUUUUAAAGUUAUGAUUUGUAACUAUUAAAAAAGUUGAUAAUGAGAUUGAUUGCCAAUAAAGGACUCCGUAAGUGUUUUGCAAAUAUUAUUCGCAUUUUUCAAGAUGAGCACAUAAUGUGUUCUGUAAACACGUUCAAAGUAAUACAAGAUCCGACUUGAUUGUACCAAAAUACUUCAGAUCCACUGCCUUUGAAGACUUACGAUAUUAAAGUGCCUUAAUACGCUUGGAAUGAUCUUUUAAUUUUGUAUUUCAUAAGUGUUUGCGCUUUGAAUCUCGACGCUCUUCAGUAAAAUAAUUUGAAAAUUCUUCAAAGUAAAUAGCGAAAUAUGGAAUUUCAUUGAGGGGAUAUCGCUCGUUAGUAAGCUGUUUUAUAGCUACGUUGGUCCGUAAAUUAAAUAUGAUUGAAUAGUUAUGUUAAUGAUUAAUUAAAUUGCGUUCUUCUUCAAAAAAACAGCAGUUCCAUCAAA